CCGGUUUAGUGCUUUUAUUAUGCGGCCAACGUUCGUUUCACCUACAUGGAACGGUUUCAAGCGCGUCACGGAACGAGUCUGUGCUCUUGUGUUAAGUAGUGUGUGCUGUUUUAUUACUCAGUGCUGCUCCCAACACCUAUAAUCAUCCCACUAAUUGCUUACUAAUGCUGUCAAUUUAUUAAUAACAGCCAUCUCCUUGCAAAUAGUUAUGGUGAGGUGAUUGUUUCCACACAAAAACCUUAAUUUGCCAUCAACGAAAGGCUUUUAAACAGUGAUUAUUUUGAAUUUUUACGAGGAAAUAAUUGGAUUUCUCUAAACUAAGUACAAUUAGUUGUGGUGUAAAUUGAAAGCAAUAGACAUUCGCUAGCGCUGUUUUAUCUGAAACCUAUUGGUGUUUUUAAUUGAACGAAGAAAUGCGAGAUUUGUGAAGAUAAGUUGAUGUGAAACCUAAGAUGAUGCCUCUGGCUCCGACAUCAGUUAUGGCAAUGCCAACGUCCAAGCCAAAAAUAGGCUUCAGUAUAGACUCGAUUGUGGGCAAUGGUGUGACGAAAACACCGGCUCACUUUUCACCAAACAGCGAGGGCUCCGAGAGGCCACUUAGCCCACUCAGUGAUUGUAGUUAUCCCACGGAAUUAUCACAUCAGCAACUAAGGAGUCCUAGUAGUGUCUCACCGUCUGAUCUGGUACAUCGCAGAUUAGCCAGUUCACCACCCUCAAAUGAACAGAAGAGUCGUACGAUGCGUUCAUCACCAACGCAUCAAACAAUCUUAGAUACCCACCGGAUGACCAGACACACAGAAUCUGCGGGAGGUCAAGAGAGAUCUGAGAAAACCCGCUCUCCAUCACAUCCUGGACUACCCCCUGAGCAUGAGCAACAUGUUUUGCGACGACAGUCGAGAUCACCCUCACCGCCGGGUCCACCACCUCCACCUCCACCGGGUACCAAAGGCCCUAUUGUCGUACCUGGUAUCCCUGCAGGUCUUGUGCGACCUUUCCCAGUAGCCCCCGGUAACAUGACUGAUAUUAAGUCCCUGCCACCGUAUCUUAAUUCGCCGGAAAUGGUCACAGCACACAAUCCUCACUUCCUAGCGGCUCAGUUCCAAAUGGCCGCCGCUCUUCAAUCUGGCCAGUUUCCACCAGGUGCUGGAAUGCCCCAACAUCCUGCCCAUAUGCCGAAUCCCAAUAUGCCGCGAGACAGUUAUCCACUAUAUCCUUGGCUUCUAAGUAGACAUGGCAGGAUAUUCCCCCACCGUUUUCCGGGAAAUUUUCUUCUGCAACCUUUUCGUAAGCCAAAACGAGUGAGAACGGCCUUCUCACCCUCACAAUUGCUCAAACUAGAGCACGCCUUUGAAAGCAACCACUAUGUCGUGGGUGCUGAAAGAAAGACUUUGGCGCAAGCCCUUAGCUUGACAGAGACACAGGUAAAAGUGUGGUUCCAGAAUCGACGGACGAAACACAAAAGAAUGCAGCAAGAAGAGGAUGCAAAGAGUGGCAAUCCUAAUAGUCAGAAUCAGAAGAAUCCCUCUAGUCCCGACAACAACAACGGUAGUCAACUCAGUUAUGAUGAAGAUGAACUCAUCGAUAUGGAGAUGGACGAUUGCCCAAGUGACGAUGAGGGAGAUCCCAAUAUGUGAGACAAUUUCUUCUACCAAAACCACUUUAAUCCUAGUGAUGGCGGUGAGAGUGACGAUUUAAUCGUAAUUGACUAAGCAACACCAACCGCCAACUUACAUUUAAUAGCUUCCGAUACGAAAUUUUCUCACCUCCUCCAUAAACGGAAAGAAACUGGUGAGUAAGGGAAGAGGAGAAAACGUGGACAUGAAUUUCUGGGCAUGUGACUGGUGUACAAAAAUAACGAGAUUCAUUUGCUAUCAAGUAUCAAUUAAAUGAGUUCCUCAAUUAGUAAGUGACAUCGUAUAAUACAGCAAAAUAUUUAGCGUGUUUUACCGCAAUCACAUCACAAAUUGAUUGAUGGAUGAUAUGGUGUAUGACGGUGAAAAAAAAAACAAUUAAAAAAAUAUCAGCUUAAAAUAUGUGAUACGAAUUUGUUUAUACCAUAUUGCUAUAAACAAAACCUUUUCCGGUGUAAAUAACCAUCAACUUAUUAAGUAAUGUGUUAAUUUAAAUUAGGUUAUAGAAUACUCCUGAAUUAUGUAUAUUGCAUUUGGGAGAGAGUGUAGAGAAGAAAAUGUACUUUAAUUAAAAAUGUGCCAAAUUUUAUCUGACGCACUGCUGUAGAUAAUGACCAGUUUUUGCAAGGGCAAUUGAGAAAGAUGCGUUUAUUUCUUCGCGAAUUUAUGCAUUAUGACGGGUAAAAUGAACAACUACUAUUUUCGAUUGAGUGAUGUAAAAGUGGCAUUUAGCCUAAAACCAUAACAUUAAUUAGCAAGCAAUUUGCCCAUUUCCCGUGAGCGUCAAACCAUUUAAAACAAAUUAUCCAGGAGACUUAUAAAAAAAAAAAUACUAUUGCAGCAGAUACAAGUAAUAUAAUAAAUUUACUUGAUAAAAGAAUCUAUGUAUGUGUCAAAUAUAAAUGAUGAAUGUGUAAAUAGUAGAAAUUAUAUAAUAGAAAAUAGAGGAUUGAAAUGAACAUAAAGGGACUUCGAUAAAUAAAUGAGAUAUGAGUUUGAAAUUGAAGAAAAAUGCCAUCAAGAAUGUACAUUCUUGAAGAAACAUUAAAAAAAAUAUGAAUGUAAAAUGUUUAGCAAAUAAAAAGGCUCAAAUAAAACCAAUCUUUUUGAAAAAAAAAA